AUGGAUCUCAUGAAGGCCUUGCGCCCCUCUUGGUGGUUCUCUGCACACCUUCACGUUAGGUUUACAGCCGAAUAUGACCAUACAGGUGGAGGUGUGAGUGACUGGGGGAAAGGAAAGGGGGAUUCAUCCUACGACAGAUCAUCAGGUCCUACUAGACCUAAUGUUGCGAAGAAUACGGAUGAAAUUGUCAUGGACGAAGAAGAUGAAGAUAAUGAACUGCCCACCACUUCCAGCCUACCCGCGGCACCAUCGGGACCAGCAAGGAACACAGACGAGAUUGUCAUGGAUGAUGAAGACGACGAGCCCAUUGCCACAACUUCCACGGCUCAACAGACCGAAGAAACGCCUAACUUGGAUGAUGUUGUUGCUCAACCAGCAGUUGCAUCAUCGAGUGGUGCAUCAAGUGAUCCAACUCUCCCGUCGACUACCAAGUUUCUGGCUCUAGACAAGUGUCUACCCCGUCGAAGAUUCUUAGAGAUCGUGGAUAUACCAUCUCCUCAAUCACAUUUCCCUCCUCGGCUAACAUUCGAUAUGGAAUGGCUAGCAAUUUCUAAAGCCAUGCAUCAUCUAUUGUCAACGGACCGCAAGCACAGUGUACAGCCAAGGAUCAGUCUUGCCAAGGAUUGGGUCAAGACCGAACUAGAAUGGGUCAAGAAAAAAAUUACCAGCAUGAAAUCAGAAAAAGGGGAACAGGGCACGUCAUCUGAGCAAGGAACGGAUGAAGAUUUCGAAUUAGAAAUAUCAAGGCCCGAAGUGAUGCUCUCUCACGAUUGGCCUGAAGGGAUUUACAAUCACGGAGAUAUCGAAUACCUCUUAAAGACCAAGCCAUGGUUCAAGGAUGGUAUUAACAAGAGUGACCUGGGAAACCCACACGCGAUGACCCUUUUGAAGACGGUACGCCCCUCUUGGUGGUUCUCCGCACAUAUGCAUGUGCGAUUCACAGCCGAAUACAAUCAUACCAGUGAAAGCACCAGUGAAUGGGGAAGAGGAGCCCCGUCCCAAGGUCCUGCUGGGCCUAGUAUCGUGAAGAACGCGGACGAGAUCGUCAUGGAUGAUGAAGAUGAAGAUGAGCUGCCCAAACUGGAAUCCUUGUCUCAACAGAAUAAGGGAAAUUCCA